AUGCUUCUACAGAACCUCUACACCGUCAUCGCAGCACUAGCGUUCCUUUCCACAGAGAGUCUCGCGACAACGUCGAAGCCAAUUGACCAGCGCAAGGCGCAGGAGAUAGUGAAACAGCUGAAUCUCCAACCAAACCCUGAAAAGGGCUACUACGCGCAGACAUUCGAAGACCCAGAUAAAGUCAACAACCGAUCCGUUAGCACACUCAUCUACUACCUACUUGAGGGUUCUGCAGGAGACUCAAAAUGGCACCGCGUUGACGCUGCAGAGGUAUGGCACUAUUACGCUGGCGCACCACUUACUCUUUCGUUGUCGCAAGAUGAUGGCUUGCCAGUUGAAAAGCAUGUUCUUGGGGCGGACAUCUUCAACAAGCAGGCUCCACAGGUUGUAAUUCCCAAAGAUACGUGGCAAAGCGCACGGUCUGGUGGAUCAUGGACCUUGGUUGGAACUACUGUUGCGCCUGGCUUUGUCACAAGUGGUUAUGAAAUCGCACCACCAGGCUGGAAGCCAAAGGGCUCUUCUUAG